CUCUCUCUCUCAUACACACACAGAACCAGGAAGUUAAUUUCAACACAAACGAAACUCAUAGUGCUGCUCUGAGUUCAGGAAAAUGGCUGAGGCGAGUAUUUCAGUAGAUCAGGAUCAGUUCAUCUGUUCAGUGUGUCUGGAUCUCCUGAAGGAUCCGGUGACUCUCUCCUGUGGUCACAGUUUCUGUAAGGUGUGUAUUAAUGGCUGCUGGGAUCAGGAGGAUCAGAAGGACGUCUACAGCUGUCCUCAGUGCAGAGACACUUUCACACCAAGGCCUGUUCUACGCAGAAACAACAUACUGGCUGAUGUGGUGGAGAAACUGAAGAAGAAGACUGAAGUUCAAGCUGCUUCUCCUGAUCACUGUUACACUGGACCUGGAGAUGUGGAGUGUGAUUUCUGCACCGGGAGAAAACACAAAGCCGUCAAGUCCUGUCUGGUGUGUGUGGCUUCGUUUUGUGAAACUCAUCUCAAACCUCACUAUCAAGUUCCUUCAUGGAAAAAGCACAAGUUAGUGGAAGCUUCUGGAAAUCUACAAGACAAGAUCUGCUCUGAACAUGAUGAAGUGUUGAAGAUCUUCUGUCGUUCUGACCAAAGCUUCAUCUGUUAUCUGUGUAUGACGGAUGAACAUAAAAGCCACGACACCGUCUCAGUUAAAGCUUACAGAACUGAGAAAGAGAAUGAGCUACAGGAGGAGCAGCUGAAAUUCCAGCAGAGACUCCAGGAGAAGCAGAAGAAGGUGCAGGAGCUGAAACAGGCUGUGAACACUAUAAAGCUCAGUACACAGACAGCAGUGGAGGACAAUGAGAGGAUCUUUACUGAGCUGAUCAGCUUCAUGGAGAAAAAGCGCUCGGAGGUGACGGAGAUGAUCAGAGCUCAGGAGAAGGCUGAACUGAGUCGAGCUGAACGACUCCUGGAGCAACUGGAGCAGGAGAUUGAUGAUCUUCAGAGGAGAGUCACUGAGAUGGAGAAGCUUUCACACACACACGAUCACAUCCAUUUCCUCCAGAGUUUCCAGUCUCUUCGUGUCUCUUCUGGACGUGACGACACAUCCAGCAUCACUGUCAGUCAACAUCUCUCAUUUGAUGAAGUAAAGAAAUCUCUCUCUGACCUGAAAAAGAGACUCGUGGAAAUCUUCCAGGAGGAAUUCAUCAACAUCCCUGAACGUGCUGCAGAACUUCAGAUAAUUUUACUCUCAGAACUAAAGAGCAGGAAAGAUUUUCUACACUAUUUCUGUGAUCUGACUCUGGAUCCCAACACAGUAAAUCAUCACCUUGUUCUGUCUGAGGAGAACAGAGUGGUUUCAUAUAGUGAGAGAAGGCAGCAAUACUCUGAUCAUCCAGAGAGAUUUGACUUCUACAGGCAGGUGUUGUGUAAGGAGAGUGUGUGUGGACGCUGUUACUGGGAGGUGGAGUGGAGCGGUCAGAGAUGCGUGUUAAUAUCAGUCUCAUAUAAAGACAUCAGCAGGAAAGGUCGGGGUAUUGAGUGCUGGUUUGGAGGCAACAGUCAGUCCUGGAGUCUGGAAUGUUCUCCUUCUUCUCUCACCUUCUUUCACAACAUUAAUAUUGACCUCAGUGGUCCACCGUCCACCAGAAUAGGAGUGUAUGUGGAUCACAGUGCAGGAACUCUGUCCUUCUACAGCGUCUCUGACACCAUGAAGCUCCUCCACAGAGUCCACACCACAUUCACUCAGCCUCUAUACGCUGGGUUCGGGCUCUACUCUUAUGGAUCAUCUGUAAAAUUAUGUGAUCCAAAAUAAAAUAUUAGCAAUAUGACUUUUUAUUUAUUAUUAAAACGACCAAUUCUUUUUUUUUAGGUUGUUUAAUUGAAAUAAACAUCUGAUAUGAGUGAGUGUCUAAAUAUGUAAAAUACAACAGAAUAAACAGAAUAUUGUUUUUAAAUCUAUGAAUUAUAGUCACUAGUUGCUAUUAGCAGGGCUCUCAAGUGUCACCCAUCGAGCGUGACAGUCCCUCAUGUCGGUCUUUUGUCACGCACGCCCGCCACACAUUGUAUUUGUCACGCAGAAAAAUUUACUAUUUAUCAUAUAUUUAAUAAGCCACAGAGCCCAAAAUGUAUCUGUCUGCACCGCUGUCUCUAUGGAACCGGGCAGGAAUCAAUCGCGUCUCCCCUGGAGUUCUUAGUCGAGCCUGACACUUCUCAGCCAAUCAAAAAAAAGAGGCUACACAAUAGCCAAUCAGAAAAUAGCUCUAUUGUAUCUAAGAUUUAACGCAACAACCAAUGGAAAAAAAAGCAGAUCCUGGAAUUGUUCAGCAUCAUCCUCGUUCACCCACAGAGAAAACCACUGAGCUGUGAGCAUCACUUUGAGCACAGAGUAAGUCAUGAUCUCCUGUUGUAAUGUUACAACAAAUUCCCAACUUUUCUGACACAAACAAUGACAUUUUGACUGCUGUUAGAGACGUUUCCCAGAUAAUCAGCACGAGUUUUUCAUGAGUCCACAAUGAGGUGCCAACCCCCCCCCCCCCCCAAGAAAAUUUAUGACAUAAAACAUUCCAAAACUUAAUAUUUGAAUUAACAAAACAUAUUAACUUAUGCUCAUGUAGGUUUUCUGAGAUUUAUUUACACAGAGUUCAUAGAUAUCUAUACUUAGAUGUCACCUUGAGGUCCUAAAAAUGCGUCAAAACCGCCACCAUCUUUGUACAGUGCUCUUGUACGUUAAAUGCAUGGACGAUGCCGGACUUCUGUGCUGCGUUUGGUUGUUCAAACAAAAGAAAUAUAAAAAUCAGACAGCAAGGGAUUACAUUUCACAAGUGAGAAUGUGUUUUAUGAUAUUGAAUAUUAGGAAAUUAAAUUUCUGGUUACGUUGGUUUGUUUGAGUCCUUGGUUAACGACCACAGAUAAUCCAUGCUAGUUACUCAUUAGUUUUUGACAGUUAGGAAAACCGACAAUGUUUGUAGAUUCCGAAGCUCUUAUUAAGGACAUUAAAAACUGACCCAUGCUUUUUUUGCUUAAAGGUGAAGACCCAACUUUAUGUAUGUUCUGUAAGAUUCCCUUAUCUGUCAAACAUAUUUUAUUAGAUUGUCCUGUAUUUAACACAAGCAGAAUGUUCUUUUAUCAAGUUACUUCACUUAAGGACAUAUUUAAUGACAUUAUGCCUGAAAAGGGUUUGGAUCUGCAUGCACCUUGGGACUGAGAGUAACGCAAUUUCAAUUCUCUGUAUGUACUGUACAUGUGGAAGAAUGAUAAUAAAGAGAACUUGAACUUGAUUUUAUUUUAUCUUAUGUUAAUUAAAAAAAUUAUAAUAUGA